AUGACCACAGCGCAUUGCAAGCUGCGAAGGCUCUUAUUUGAGUUCUUACUCUACUACUCUCUUUGCGUGUAUUCCACGCCCCAUCCUAUGCCUAUCUUCCGGAUCAAUGAAAGAAUACCAUCAAGUGUUGACUAUUGGGUAAUGGGAGGACAACACGUUUCCCAUCCACUCGAUCCAACCUCUGUGAUGUGGCCUCAGUCAGCCGCAACGUACAACAAGCCGGAUUUCCCCAGGAUGAACCAGCGGAAUACCCCUGGAAUACUUCCCCUACAUUAUCAAGCGAGCACAGAGCAAAUAACAGCACCUGCCCUAAAAUUAAGACCAAACGCCACUGAUUAUCUGGAGAUUUCACAGACGAUCCAAAGCCUUCGAGCUCCCGUGAAAUUAUAUGCAUCAGAGGAUUUAUAUUCUCAGGCAAACAAAGACCUACUAAGAUACAACCUCCAGGAUAUGGCUUUUGACUCGAGUAGAAAUGCUCCAACUCUUCAAGCAAUCAAGCCUCCAGGUCUCAAGGAUUUCGCAGUCACCAACUUCAUCAAAGGAGAUGGAAAUUGUCAAUUUUAUGCAGUCUCUAUGCUUCUUCAUGGUACCACAGAUUUUCACGAAGAGCUAAGAGCACACGCCGUGGCACACAUGGAGAGUAACAAGGAAAGAUAUGUACAUUUCAUCGAUUUUGAUCAGCACCACUCCAAGUCUUGGGAGGAGUAUUGCACAAGAAUGACACAAGAUAAAGAGUAUGGUGACCAACUGACUCUUCAAGCCUUAGCCAGAGUGUAUCAGCGUAAUUUUGUCGUUCUCAGUGACAGUGAAAGUCAUGACUCAGUCUUAGUAUAUCCGGUACGGCAUGAUAGUAAGGCAAAUGAUAUGCCAUACCUUCCCCUAUAUCUGAACCAACUGCAUUACGAGAUUGUGUUGAAGGAUCAUGGGACAUCAAACAUCAAGGAACAGAAUUCAAACCUUUUAACUAACUCAGAAAUUGGGGAUCAACCAUCAUCUACUGCGUUGAUUCCAGCAACUCAAAAUGAACUUCAAGCGAGUGAAACCGGCGGAGCAGUAGUCGCACUUGGUCGAGCUGAUGAUCCUUCAGAUUGGGAUGGCGUCCCGCUCUUAGAUCACACUGAACCGCUAACAGAUCAUCAAAAUCCAACAAAUCAGAUAUAUCCUGCUUUCUAUGGGGCUCGAUUGCCAGGACAAGGGACGACGACCGGCAGGAAUUCUGGAUCCCGUCUGAGGGAUUGGUUGACAAGAUUUCGUUUGAGACUUCGGUCCAUUUGGAAGAGAGUGCUGUCUAUAUUCAGACGUCAUCGGAAACAGAGAUGA